AUGGCCACCCUGAUGCCGAAUCCCCUGUUUUGUCCUUUUUUAACCACCGAGCUCGUGCACGCUUCUGCUACGUUCCAACCACAGCCAAAGACUCUCUUUGACCCGAGCCCACCACCUGCUCGGUCACGGAGAUCGGAGGGCUCAUCGACUGACACAACGCCAACCCCCGACGCAGAUGGCUUCAUCGAGACCGACCUCAGGGCCGGUGGACCGAAGCUCUGUGAGUCACCUUGUGAGACGAUCCGAAAGCCCCCAACGAACAUGAAGAACCUUAAUCGUUUCCGGGGGCCCGGAUCAUCCCAAUUGAAGACCAAGAUCAGCGACAUAUGUCGAGAUGACAAUGUCAGACCCGACUACAUGGAGUUCUGCGGUAGGAGAUCCAUGUAUGAGCCAGACCGCAUCCCGAUUGUUACUCUGGUCGUCGUUACGAAACGCGAUUAUCCAUCCCAAACAAGCUGGACUAUUGUUAGCCGCAAGAUCUUCCACUACCUUCAGGGAAGUGGUAUCACCGACGUAUCAGUGGAGAUAAUAGACGAGGAUUUCGAAGAGGAUCCACAAAUCCAUGCCUGUGUCCCGAGCGACGCCAUCUUUCCCAUCUGGAAACAGGUAGCCAUGGAGAUCUUCCACAACAUCGAUUGCAGGGGCGUCUUCACAAUCGGCUGCUUCCGGAUUGGCGACGAAGAUGACCGUCUUAAGUGUCCGCCAACCAUCCUUUUGGGCGUGGAUCGCUCAGUUAAGCGGGACUGGAAGCCGGCUAGGGAUACGAUUGUUGCAAUCCUCGACAAAAGAGGCUUGAUUGACGUUGCCGUUACCAUUCACAAAGAUAACAAAGUGGCAAGACGCCGCGGCAUAAGUGACCGCGAAGGUUUCGCGGCCGAGGACUGUCGCAAGGAUCCAAAUUUCGGUACGUGCCUGAGUCCAUGGGACAGGAAGGAUGAACAAGGAACGCUGGGAGGAUGGGUAGAAGUCCAAAACCCGAAGAAUGGGGUAUGGUCUACGUUCGCCCUCACAUGUGCGCAUUGUUGCUUUCCCAGAGAGUGUGCUGUUUCUCCAGAAGACCGUCAAAUGGUUCGGCACUGGACGCAGCAGGGCGUUCGCGUCUACGAUGAGCACAAAAAGCGCCUCCUGCCGAUUGAUUCCCCCAGCUAUCGGGACAUCAGGACUGAGCUUGACGUGCUUGCGAAGCAAAUCGAAGGGUUUGAGUCGAUGGAACAAUACCGAAGAGUGGAGGAGCUCAGGGCAAAUGAUGAGUUUGUCGUACCCUCCUGGGAACGUGAUUGGAAGAACAUCUCGGCAGCUCUUACUCGGCGCCAGAAGGAGCGUCACACUAUCAAAGAGUUCCUACAUGACAAUCAAAACGGCUCCAGACUAGGGACAGUGUUCGCGGCUUCUGGUCUUCGAGAGGUAAUAUCCACGGACGACCCGAAAAGCCUUUCUAUCCGGGACUGGGCUCUUGUCCGGGUGGAUGCUGGACGGGCAGUGGGAAAGAAUACGUUCCAGAGCCCACCAGAAUUUGACGUGGCAGACCUCAGUGAGCUGACGGAGUUCGGCUCUAGGCUCCCUGCGCUGGACGAGGAAUUAUUUAAAAUCGGACGCGCAACGGGAUACACAAAAGCAAAGUACGGAAACUUGUACAGUUGCAAUAUUGCUACCAAGACUGUUAAUGGAAAGAAGGAAGAUGUCCCAACCUGGGAGCAUGUUUUUCUGGGCGCAGCACACGGAUACCCUGCCGUUGACCAAGGCGACUCAGGAUCCCUUGUGUUCAAUAAACUCGGCACUGUUCUAGGAAUGAUAUUCGGAGGAAACGGUCAAUGUAAUCUCGGAUACUUCACUGCAACCCACGAUCUCCUCUCCGACAUCAAGCACAUUACAGGAGUGCAGGAGAUUCGCAUUCAAGAUGGUAUCAACUAA